AUGGCCACUGGACUCCAGAUUCUUCCAAUACGGCUCCUGGGGCCGCUGCUCUUCCUGAGUGCUGGGCCCUGGGCUGAGGGCGAGAAGGUGCUGGUGGUGCCCGUGGAUGGCAGCCACUGGCUCAGCAUGCGAGAGGCGGUGAGGGCGCUCCACGCCAGAGGCCAUCAAGCUGUGGUCCUCACACCAGAGGUGAAUAUGCACAUCAAAGAAGAGGACUUUUUCACUCUGAAAACCUAUGAGCUUCCAUUCCACAAGGACUAUUUUGAGAACUCCGUUAAGGAAUAUGUUCAAAUUACAUUUGAAACACAGCAUUUUCUGAAGGCAUUUUUUAAAACUAUGGCAAUUUUUAAAAGUUUGUCUGCGUUUUUUUAUAAGUCUUGUGCAGACCUAAUGCAUAACAAGACCCUGAUUGGGCACCUGAAUGCCAGUUCCUUUGAUGUGGUUUUAACAGACCCCGUUUACCCCUGUGGGACGGUGCUGGCUAAGUACCUGUCCAUUCCUACUGUGUUUUUUUUGCGUUACAUUCCAUGUCACUUAGACUUGGAGGGCACACAGUGUCCGAACCCUCCCUCUUAUAUUCCUAGGUUACUAACAAGGAAUUCAGACCACAUGACAUUCCUGGAAAGGGUCAAGAACAUGCUCUACCCCCUGCCCUUGUUAUACAUUUGCCAUGUUUCUUUUUUUCCUUAUGCAAGCCUGGCCUCUGAGGUUCUUCAGAGAGAGGUGUCAUUGAUGGAUAUUCUUAGCCAUGCAUCCGUGUGGCUGUUCAGAAAUGACUUUGUGAUGGACUACCCCAGGCCGAUCAUGCCCAACAUGGUCUUCAUUGGGGGCAUCAACUGUGUUAACAGGAAGCCAUUAUCUCAGAGACAGUAA